ACAUUUUGCACCAUUUUACAGUUAAAAGCCCUAGAUAUGUUAAGUAACUUCUUCAAGGCAAGAAGUAGAAAGAGUCUGAGGAAGAAUUCACAGCAUUCUAGCUCUCAAGCACAGGCCCUUUGCGCUACUCUGUGCUGCUCUGGGCAGGACCGUGAAGUGUCCGAUCCCCUGUGUGUGUGUUGGGAAGUGUGUGCACGCACAAACAUGCAGGGCUUCUGGCUUCCAGAGGCGGACAGGCACAUUCUUAGUAUAAUACACAGGAUAUAUUUAAUUGUCACGAGUGACAGCAUUGCAACCUUUAAUUGUUGAUUUAAGGUUGGAUUUUAUUUCUUAUCUAGCAGCAGGGCCUUUCCUUGUCUGAGAGGGUAUGGACUUAAAAGUUAACCUAGAAGCCAGCUCCAAGAACUCUAUGUCUGUUGGUAGGGAUAGGGUACAGCCAUCCCCCAAAGCUAAAGUUCUUGGAGUCUUGGAGGAUGUCUUCCACCUCAGAGUGGGAGGAGUCAGUCAUUCAUUAACUCUUGUUUUUAUUUACUCUGUACCAGGGUCUGUGCUGUAUUCUGGGGAACAUGUUGUAUGAGACUUGGUCUCCCUGCUCUAGGAUCUUCCUGUUUGAGUCUGAGGAGCAACUGUGUUGCUCAGGCGUCUGCAACCAAAAGAGACCUUUGUUACGACUUCAGCUGCCAUAUCCAGGGCCUGCAUUAGUAGUGGAGUGAAUGGGCUUUUGUGCAGAAAUAUCAUUUCUGCCUGUCACCUGUCACUCCAGAACUCCAGCUCAUUCCUUUAGGGCUUGAAUGCUUUUUUAAAAAGCAAGGAGCUCCUUUUGAUUCGAAUAUAACCUUUUAGAGUUAAGUUUCUGUAUUAGUCUAGAGAAGACAAACCACACUAGUUUUUGCACUAAGAGUCUAAAGAGAUAACUAGGUUUAAAAUUGUUAACUAGUUACCUGAAAGAAUAAAAGGUGAUCUCUGAAAGUAUCGUGGAGAGUGUCAUGGAGAAGGCAGCUGCGGGAAGCAGUCCACUCCUGGUGGGACUGAGGGGCUAAGGGAGGUGAUUGGAAUUGUAAAACUUCGAGGCUUAGAGGAGGGUCCCUGUGUGGCUGAAACUCAGGUCUCUAAAGAGGAGGUUGGGCUGCCCAGCCUUGUGGAGGGGCCUGGUGAGCCUGAGAAGCAGAGUUUUGAGGGGGAGGCUCUGGACAAGUGGUGUUGUGUCUCUGGUGGGAGCUUGGUGACGAAGCUGGGCCUACAAGCGUUGGGAAGGUUGCAGACUGGAUUUAGCUGCUGCAGCAGGGGCACUCAGGCUGCUGGGCGGGGCUCAGAGGAAGGGAAGGUGGAUAAGCAAGCCCCCUUCUCCUGCUGUCUUGCAGUGGGCGUUCCUAACGGGAACCACCUACCUGGCGGAGCAGGUGUCACAGAGCAUCAUGGAAUAUUCCACACAAGUUUCGUGGGCAGUACCUCAGCCACCAGGGCCUGCAGGGAUUGGUUGACAGCCAGGGCUGCGAGUGGCAAGAGCAGCUUUUGUGGACGUGAUGAAUGGGCAGAGUAACAGGGUGACACUGAUGAGGGGCGAGGAGCUGCAGCUGCAUGGCCUCCAAGUUGGGGAGCUACCCAUACUUCCUGACGUUAGAACACAGACCUCCCUUAACUGGACACGUCUCGUAAAGGCCCCACGUCAGCCUGACGCCCGGAACGGGCUCUCUUUGCAGGUUUAUAAGAUGACCUUGAGGUCGCUUGGGGAAAAUGGUGAGGAUUUGGUGUUAUUUAAUCCUUCAUGGAAAAGCAGUGUGGUUUGCUGCUUUUUACACCAUACAGGGAAUCAGAGAUAUUAACGGAGGAGCCUAUCACCACGUGUCUCUCUCCGCCAGUGUAUGAUAUGAUCUGUAAACUUGGGUUUGAAGUCAGAGACAGUUGCGACAUCUGUAGUAUUGUAACUCAAAAUGGUGACAUUUGUUGGAAGACAAUUACAGACUGUGUGGUUUACACAGAAUCAGGGUCUGGAUUACGGGGGAAGCGUGAGGCUGCUGGGCCCUGUGUGUGAGGCCGUCCACUUGCAUCUGUCAUCCCUGACCAAGGAGCAGUUUGAAAUUCGAUAUGCCCCGUGGCUGCAGUGGACAGGUGCUCCAGAGUUGUUUCCUGAAGUGUUUGCUGCUUUGGGAAGUCUUCAGCCUCCCGCCGUUUCUCUCAGCUUAAUGAAGCUGACGUCGUGCCUGGAACGGGCCCUGGGCGAUGUACAUUUACUGACUGGGAAGGAGUGCCCCUUCCUCUUGAGAGAUCUGCUUGCAUCGGAUGAGCUCGCUCAGGUCUUUGGGCCGUCUGUGAUGGAUGUCCUGAGGGUCUUCCUCGGCUCCCCGCGUGGACUCAACCUUCGCAACGUCCUGUGGCAUGGCUUCGCCGCGCCGCACGAGAUUCCGCCAAAGUACUGUUCAACGGUGCUGCUGUUGGCAGCAGGACUGGGUCAGCUACUCAAGGGUUACCUUCAGCAAACUCACCUUACACUGGCGCAUCGACCCUUCACGGCUCUCGCAAACCUAGAGGAUUUGGUCGUUUUCCCCGAUGUUACUUGUGAGGUACUUUCAGCAUUAGAGGAAGUGAUGAAGAAAUCCACUUUUAUACUAAAAAUCAUGUUGCCGUAUUGGGAAGUUGCAUUAAUCAAGUUCAAGUCUCACAGGUUUGCUGACUGUGCCAUGUUGUUAUUGAUGCAGCUGGAGACUGGACUUAGGAACGUUUUUGCCUCAGUUAACAAAUGUCCGAAGAGGCUUCUGACCGCAGAGUCAACAGCUCUUUAUACUACCUUUGAUGAAAUACUGGCAAAACACUUAAAUGAUGGCCAAAUCAAUCAGCUUCCGCUUUUGCUUGGAGAGCCAGCCAUGGAGUUUCUCUGGGAUUUCCUGAACUAUCCGGAGGGCCCCCGUGUACGAGAUCGUUUAAGCCAUGGAGAGAUCCAUUUGCCGGAAUUUCCAAAGGCAGCAACCAAUCAAUUGCUUGCAUUUUCUUUUGUGCUUUUACUCAGAUUCAUUGAUGAGGACUUAUUAUCAGUUUUUAAGGAAAAAGCAGCGGUGGAGGCUCUGAUUAGUCUCGCGGACGGCUACGCUGCCCGUUGUCAUCCGGUUUCUCAGCUUAAGAGACAGGUGCUGAGCUGUGAGGAGAGCAUCAGACUUUGGCCUCUGCUGCCUUUGCCUGAAGGUGCAGGGAGGGAGGCCCCCCGACCAGAAGGUGACUCUGAAACAACUGCCUGCAGCUCUUUAAUGACAGACAUCAUGACUGAGCUGUGUGGCCACGUGCCCGAGACCCACCGCAGUGCCCGUGGCCCCGACGGCCUUGCUCCUGAGCAGUGGCCCCAGCUGCUCCGGGACCUCUGCCAUGUCCGGGUCCGGACUCUGUUCUGCCCCAGGGCCGCCCUGGAGGUGCUGGCCCUGCUCCGGAGGAUCAGCGCCAGCUGCCACCUCGUGUCGGGCCAGGUGGCCACCUCGGCGGAGCUGUGGCACCGGCAGUGGGAGGACAGGGCCCUGCGCUCCCGGCAGAGGCAGACCUACUUGCGCCUGACACGCAGUAUUAAGCUUCUGUCUCCCAUGCUUUACCUGAUUCUAUUGCUGAUUGCGCUGGAACUGGUCAACAUUCACCUGGUUCAUGGGAAAAACACUUUGGAAUAUCAGCAGUAUCUGAGGUUCUUAAAGUCCGUCUUGCGGUAUACAGAGAACCUGGCAACUUACACCAGCCAAGAGAAGAAUAAGUGGGGUGAAUCUGUUGAUCUCACACACGCGGCCUUGUUGAAAAUUUGGACUUUUAGUGAGAAGAAACAAAUGCUAAUGCACUUAGCCAAGAAAUCCACCAGCAAAGUGGUCUAAAAAGUCACGCUGCUUUGGCCUCUGUCAGAAAACCCGGCUCAAGUGGACUUUUUGGCACCUGAGUUGAAAAGCCAAAGGCAGGUAGCUUCAGGUUCUCUUUGAUCAAGGCGCAAGGUCCAGUGCUCUACA